AAUUAGGGGUCUGCCCCAGCAGCAAGGACCAGGAGGAAGGAGUGGGAGGGAUGGAAGGAAUAAGAGUAGUAUUCGGGAGGACGGGUGUUUUGGUGGGUGAUGGGUCCUGAAUCCACCAGGCUCCCAGCAGCAACUCUGGGACUGGGGUCAGGGGUGGCGGAGGGGGAAGUGUUCUUACCAACUGCUCUGAGUGCAGCAGGUCCUCUGGGAUGUAUCGGUAUAUGAAGUCUUCAGGGGAGCAGACCAACUAGGGGUCUGCACCAGUAGCAAGGACCAGGCAGAAGGGGUGGGAAGGAUAGAAGGAAUGGGGGGCAUUAACUCUUUUAAUAAAGUUUUUACCCAAAUAGACAAUGCAUCCCAGUGUCCCAUCCCCCAGCCCCUAUGGCCCUCAGACCUCUCAGUGCCAGUUGACUUCUUACAUUGCUGUUGACGUCACUUUCUCCAGUCUCUUUUCUCCCUCCAUGUUGGCUGUGGUGCCUAAGCCUGGUUUCACUCCAGCCACCCUUGCUGUGUCCCACGGAAUUUACCUUUGUUCUGUCCGGAGAAUGCUGUUUCCAGGGCAACAGCAUUCCGAUUGAGACUGUGAGUACUUGGAAAGGACUCGGAAAGAUGCAUCUAGUCUUGCUGAUCUGCCUGCUGGCAGGAACCACUGGGAAGAGCUGCCUCCGCUGCUGGCCAGAGCUGCUCGCCAUGAUGGACUAUGACCUGCAGGUGCUCUGGGGCAGUCCAGGGCCACCUACAGAACUCUCACAAAGCCUACACUCCUUUUUCCUGGAGAAUAACACCAUAUUCUUGCCCUGGUAUCUUGCUCGAGACAAUUUGGAUGAGGAAACAGCUACAUUUUUCACCCAAGUAGACAACGCCAUUAAAAAGCUGAGGGAUGAUAAGCCAGCACUGCUUAAUGAGAUUCGGGUUCAGAAGAGUCUCCUGGACGAGAGGCUGAAGGAGAAGUCCCAGGACCUGAUGCAGAAGGGUAGGAAACGGGGCUGUCCCUGGUCUCCACUCCACCCAUUACCUUUGCCACUGUGGCCUAUAGACCCCAAUGGGCAAUCCCUCCUAAGGUCUCCCCAGGAACUCUGGUCUACCCAAAGAAUAGGUUCCUUCCAUGAGUCCCUAGUCCCAUGUCCUACCACCGCUCCCAUCUGUGUCUGCCUCUCUAGUGCCUCAGUUUCUCCACCAUCUCACUUUCCCAGGCAGUCUGCAAUGAGUCCUGUGACAUCCUCUCCGAAAUGGAAGUCACUGCAUGUGCUGACUGCCGGAAGUUCUACCUGUCCUGCAAUGACUCUACCUUGUGCACAGGUCAGUAGCCUCCACUGUACUCACCGAACCUUGAUCCAUUCACCCUCCCUUUCCCAAACCCUCCACCCCUGGAGUUGCCAUCUCUGUCCAUCAUUCUUUUCUAUCCAGACUAGAAUGUUUCUGGAUUUUUCCUGCUGGGUGGAGGACAGCAGAAUCUUUGAGGUUUCUUGAUGUCCUUGUGUCUGGCUUCAAAGUCUGCGAGCCACUUGCUUCUGGGUCCUUAGAUUCAGCAUGUCUGAAACACUCUCAUCCCAUCUCUAGUCUUGACUACUGUAGCUGCUUGUUUUGCGAAUGCUAAUUAUGUUCCCCCAAAAAACCUGCUUGCAGGGAGUAUCUGCACUAGUUUCUGGGAGCCUGCCCCCAAUUGGUUAUGAUUGAUAAAUAAAGAUGUCAACAGCCAAUAGCUGGGGAGGACAGACAGGCAGGAUUUUAGGAUUCCUGGGCUUGGCACCAGAAGUGGAGGGAGAGAGAUCUUCACACAGGGACAGUGUGGAGGAGAAAGACCCACCAUGCUUAAGAGUGUGGACAGAGGAGAGAGAGAGUCCACUAUGGGGUAGAAAGACAAGGAAAGUGCCCCAGCCUCUGGACCAAGAAAACGUGUACCAGAUGGCUGUCUAACUGGAGUUAAGAGCAGCCAAGAUGGAACAUAGAAUUAGUAAGUAAUAACUCAGGAUUAACAGCAUGGAGGUUAGGCAGUGGCCCAGCUAUUGUACUGUUUAAGACAUAUUAAAAUAUAAAGGCUGUGAGUGUGUCUUUCGUUGGGGAACGUAAACCAUUGAGGCAGGUAGCAACCCUGCCACUGAGUUUUAUUAAUAUUAAAUUCAACAGGCUACACCUUCAGUGUCCUUCUUAGCAACUAGUCUCACUUAGACCCUCACACCCUAAUCCAAGAGCCUUCCUCCUCGAACCUCAGCUAAACCUGGUUGAAUGGAUUGCUGAACUUCAUUCUCCCUUCCCCAGUCACCCCUCUCUCCCUCUCCCUCUCUCUCUCUCUCUCUCCCUCUCCCUCUC